GGGCGCCGGAGUCUCCACGCCCCCGGCGGGUUCUGAUUAGCCACUUCCGACGCGUCUCGGGACCGCGAUUGGUCCACCGGGCCCCUGAGCCCGUUUCCUCCCCCUUGAAGCGACUACGGCGGCUCCAAGGAGGGGGAGGGGGGGAGGAGGGACGGCCGGUCCCGUCAGUCAGGCAGCGGGAGCCGCCGGGAGCGGAUGGCGGCGGCGGUAGCGGCCCCACUCGCCGCCGGGGGUGAGGAGGCGGCGGCCACGACCUCGGUUCCAGGGGCUCCGGGUCUGCCCGGGAGCCGCAGUGCAGAGCGGGCCCUAGAGGAGGCGGUGGCCACCGGGACCCUGAACCUAUCUAACCGGCGCUUGAAGCACUUCCCCCGGGGCGCGGCCCGCAGCUACGACCUGUCAGACAUCACCCAGGCUGACCUGUCCCGGAACCGGUUCCCCGAGGUGCCAGAGGCAGCAUGCCAGCUGGUGUCCCUGGAGGGCCUGAGCCUCUACCACAAUUGCCUGAGAUGCCUGAACCCUGCCUUGGGGAAUCUCACAGCCCUUACCUACCUCAACCUCAGCCGAAACCAGCUGUCGUCACUGCCACCUUACAUCUGCCAGCUGCCCCUCAGGGUGCUCAUCGUCAGCAACAACAAACUGGGAGCCCUGCCUCCCGACAUCAGCGCCUUGGGAAGCCUUCGGCAGCUUGAUGUGAGUGGCAAUGAGUUGCAGGCCCUCCCGGCAGAGCUGUGUAGCCUCCCUUCCCUGCGGGACCUCAGUGUGCGCAGGAACCAGCUCAGCACCCUGCCUGAUGAGCUGGGGGAUCUUCCUCUUGUCCGCCUGGAUUUCUCCUGUAACCGUGUCUCCCGCAUCCCGGUCUCCUUCUGCCGCCUCAGGCACCUGCAGGUCAUUCUGCUGGACAGCAACCCCCUGCAGAGCCCACCGGCUCAGAUCUGCCUGAAGGGGAAACUUCACAUCUUCAAGUACUUGUCAACAGAGGCGGGGCGGCGUGGGGGGUCUGCACUGGGGGACCUGGCCUCUUCCCGCCCCCCAAGCUUUAGUCCCUGCCCUGCUGAGGACUUAUUUCCGGGACGUCGGUACGAUGGUGGGCUAGACUCUGGCUUCCACAGUGUUGACAGUGGCAGCAAAAGGUGGUCUGGAAAUGAGUCAACAGAUGAAUUUUCGGAGUUGUCCUUCCGGAUCUCAGAGCUGGCCCGGGAGCCUAGGGGGCCCAAGGAGCGGAGGGAGGAUGGCUCUGGUGACGGAGACCCUGAGCAGAUUGACUUCAUUGACAGCCACAUGCCUGGGGAGGAGGAGGAGCGAGGUGCUGCUGAGGAGCAUCGGCCACCAGAAUUGAGCCCUGCCACAGGGGAUGCAGAGAAGGCACCAAGCAGCAGGCGGGAGGAGCCAGCUGGGGAGGAGCGGCGGCGCCCCGACACCUUGCAGUUAUGGCAGGAGCGGGAGCGGAGGCAGCAGCAGCAGCAGCAGCAGCAGCAGCACACUGGAGUGUGGGGGGCCUCCAGGAAGGACAGUUUUCUGAAGCUGGGGAUCAGGGCUGCUGGUGGAGCUGCUGCUGCCUCGUCCGCUCAGGCCUCCUCUAAUGGCAUGCCUAAGUCCAGUGCCACCCAACCGGGACCUUCAGGAGGGCAGGGUGCCCCUGCCCCCACCUCUGCCUCCCAGGAGCCCCUCCCUGCAGCUGGACCAGCAACAGUGCCUGCUCCCCGGCCACUUGGCUCCAUUCAGAGACCAAACAGCUUCCUCUUCCGUUCUUCCUCUCAGAGUAGUUCAGGCCCUUCGUCACCAGACCCUGUCUUGAAACCUCGGCGAUCCCCCCAGCUUCUGGAUGAGAAGGAGGUGAUGGCACAACUACGCCAGGUCCUUGAGUCGCGGCUGCAGCGGCCCCUGCCGGAGGACCUGGCAGAGGCUCUGGCCAAUGGAGUCAUCCUCUGUCAGCUGGCCAACCAGCUGCGGCCCCGCUCCGUGCCCUUCAUCCACGUGCCCUCACCUGCUGUGCCAAAACUUAGUACUCUCAAGUCUCGGAAAAAUGUGGAGAGUUUCUUAGAAGCCUGCCGAAAAAUGGGGGUGCCUGAGGCCGACCUGUGCUCGCCCUCGGAUCUCCUCCAGGGCACCGCCCAGGGGCUGUGGACCACCCUGGAGGCUGUGAAGCGGGUGGGGGGCAGGGCCCCCCCGCCCCUCUGGCCCCCCUCUGGUCUGGGCGGCUUCAUCUUCUUCUACGUGGUCCUCAUGCUGCUGCUCUAUGUCGUCUACACUCGGCUCCUGGGUUCCUAGGACCUGAAGUCACCCUUUCUCCCCGCCCCCUUGCCCUAUUUCUAUUUAUAAGACUCCUGUGCCACUCCUGUCCCUACCAGUGGUGCCUUCAGCCCCUACCAAAGACACUAGUGAACCCCCCUCCCCUCACAAACACUGACCUUAGAGGCCCCAGUCUGGUGCCCCAAGACCCCAGGCCCCAGCCUCUGGCCACCCUCCUGUAGCCCGUUCUGAGCCCCUCACCUCUCAAUCCUGAUGGUGCCUUCAUUCCCUCCAGGCCCUGCCCUGCCCUCUGUUCCUUCAGGAGGGUAGAUCUCAACCUUCCUCCUCGUGCUGUUCCCCGCACCGUCCCCCCCCCCCCCCCCACUGUUACGGGGAGCUAAAUUAUCUAUAUUUUGUAGAGAGAAGUUUAUAUUUGUAGGGGAUGUAGGGGCCCAGGCUGGGUCCUUGUCUCUGUGUAUAAAUUGUACAGACCGUG